AUGAAGAACUCCGCACUUACUUACCGCGUCUCGUUGACACAAACCACCGACGAAGACACGGCAUUGUUGUACCACAGCAGAGCCACCAGUAAGCUAGCUGUUUGAUCUACCGUUUGUUCUAGUGCCUGAAUCUGUACACGAGGCCAGUGAGACCAACCACGUCCUGACAACUACUGCUACCGCUACUUCGGUCAGUCACUCGUCCACUGUGCCGCGCCAGGCAGAACCCUCGGCCUCCACUUCCCAGGUGCAGAGAGAUAACGAGCAGGCCUCGGACAGCGCCCCACAAGCCACUGCAAGCACUUCUGCCGGUGUGCCCCAAAGCUCGUCUCUGAACGAGGUCGUUCAAUUUGUAAAUGCCAGCAUUGAGGAUCUGCCUUCCUUCUUCGGACUGGUAUGUUUUCAGUCAGUUUUUUGCGCCUCAUGGAUUUUACUUUUUCGCAUUGAUGUAGAAGUGUUUUGCUGUGAUUUCUGUCUCCCAACGCUAACCUGUCCGACUUUGUAUGCUUGGUUCAGGAUUUCAGCGACGCAAAGUAAGCCUCACCUCAAUAAAUGCAACAGUUUAUUUGAUAUUGGUCGGUAGUUACCCUGGUCUGAAUUCUUUAGCCCAUUUGUUGGGUUGUUAGGCCUCUAACUUUUAGAUAGUAUACUCGGAUCCACAACUGUCAAGAGCGUGGUCCGCGAAGAUGCGUUACGUGUUAAGGAGUAUCAAUGCAUCAGAAGCACGUUUCUUCUACGUCUUUUUUCCACGGUUUGAAGUCACAUCAAAACCUUUCUCGUACUCUAUGUGUUUCGCCUACCUUGCAGACAUCGGCGCAGGACCAUUUUCGUGUUUCUUAGAGUCGAUUUUAACUGGUAUCCGAUACUGUCUUCCUACCUAACCGGCGUCCAACGUGACUGCCCAUCGGUCCGAUCAUGUUUUCUUCAGAUCAGUUACUGGCUCCGUCAUCCACAUCUUUGUUUCCUACCUUAGCCAUUCGUUGUAUGGUCGCCUAUUGCCGUCUUUCGCUAUCAAAUUGCAGAAUUUUUUCCUUCUGGAAUGGAGAGGGGUUGUCUGCCCUCUACCAUUCUUGAUUAAAGACAGGCUGCUUCUGGUUCUCAACUUCCAGGGCUAAUGUGUCUAAUUUGCGUCAGGAUUUUGCUGGUUCGAAAUAAGUCUUGCCGUUUACUUCUCGGCGAUUUUUAGUUACCUUGACAUUUAUCCGGUGGCUCGUUUGUCAGACUCCUAGGCAUCAGUACUUUGCGCUAAGAUAGUAUGCCCAGAUCCACAGCUGCCGGGAGCGUAUUCAUGAGUGCAAAUGCACCAGAAGCACGAGUUUUCUGUGCUUGUGUUUCAUUAUCGCUGAUUAUGACUUCAGAAUCUGUUGUUUCACCGUCCUCAAAGCUGUAUACGCAGACUGGUCUGUGUGGUUUCUCAGAGUAGAUUAACACUGAUGUCUGGUUGUGACUACCUAGCUAACUGAACUUCAAAACGUCUGAUCGAUAGACCAUCACUCUGGUUAUAUUUUGUCCCAAUCAAUAUCGUUUUCGCCAUCUCCGUUUUCUAACCGGACUGCCUGUCUCUGUCUUCUGCUACCUUCGAUGCGACAGUGUUGAGAGAAUCCUGAACUUUACUGAUCAGAACCGAGCGUUUGUCACCAGCACAUGUUUUCAGUAUCGCCGCAAGCAUCUGCUGACCUAGUAUUCCAGUGACGACCAUACAGCCAGUCCGAUCGACUACAUUCUACUCAAUUCUUGAUUCCGCAACUGGGUUAACGAUAGCAGAUUGAUGUGCGAUGCCGAAAUUGAUGGUGCCCAUGUGUCGGACCAUGUUCUCGUUCGUACACGCUUAAAAGCUCACCUCUCAUCCGCACCCAAGAUGACGCACGCAAGACGCUGUGAUGUCGCAAAACUUAGGCAGCCCAGUAUUGCUUAGGCCCGAGUCCACGGAGAAGGCAGUAGUCAAUGAUCAUCAUUGAAGUUAUCAGUAUGUGGGACAGUUGAGAAAAGCAUUGGAUGCACCCAACUGCGUUGCAAUGACUCGAUCAACGGAGGAACUUUGCAGUUGUCUGCUCAGACAGCCCGAGUCAGGUCUCACAACGUUUAUUUCUUCCGCCAACUUCGGAAAAAUGUCGACAAAGUCCGCCAGGGAUGCCCAAAUCAUAUACUGUUUGCGUCAUCCUUCUUUUCUACCUAGGCUAUUCAUUAUUGGGUUGCCUAUUCCUGUCUUUUGUUAUCAGGUUUGUGGGAUUUUUUGACCUGGGGAGCUAAUCAGAUUCAUGCGUUCUGGUGUUAGCAAAUGUCUGGUCGACCUCGUCUUUAGCCUUCUCUCCUGUCCAUACUGAUUGAUAAUAAGGGGAUCCGGUUAAAGGUGGCUUAUCCGUUCUCUACCAACCUUGAUUUAUAGAUGUUUUGGCAUAUUUUGAAUAAUUCAUAUUACCCCAACAUUGAAAAACUCGGCGCCUCAGUGGGAUUCGAACCCAAGCAGAAGGCGGAAAGCUUUGGUACAGCCAACGCUCUAACCACUUGAGCUACGAGGCCCCGCCAGACGACAUAAGUCUGGUAGUCACCUGGUGGAUUAUAGAUGAAUUACUUAGGAAAUCCUGCCUGGGCAGUCAACUUACCGUAUCAAAUUUGGUGGAUUCCAGACGUUGCAGUAGGUUGGACGGGUAACUUGACCCAAAUGUGAUUAAACUCGCGUCGUCCGGCAGGGCCUCGUAGCUCAAGUGGUUAGGGCGUUGGCUGUACCAAAACCUUCCCCUUACUGAUUGGGUUCGAAUCCCACUGAGACGCCGAGGUUUUCACAGUUGGAGUAAUAUGAACCUUGAUUUAAGUAGCAAAACGAUCGCACUGGUCUGGACUCCAGAGCAGCUCUAGUUAACUGGAUUUACAUCUGCCCUGGGGAACAGAUACGUGAACCUCGUAGCAGAAUAUAAACUCUUCAUUGUAUAUUUUGGCGGUUGAAUCUGCACCUAGGGAUUUGACUAUGCAUUGCAGCACGGCGUCUGCCAGUGCUGCCCUGAUUACUCAAGCCGGAUGCAGUUAGACAAAAAAGCCUAUUUGCAAGAUGGCCCUGACGGAUGAGGUGAAGAAGAAAUGACGCUCAGCUAUUUUUCCCUAGCCCUGCUUGCUGGGCAGACUUUAAAUGUAAUCAGUUGCUUUAAACAGUGUCCACUGGGACGUUAUAGGCCUGCAAGUCGGUCAUGCGUAUGUGUACCCACCUGCUGAACUAUGACACAAGGCCGCCUUUGAUAAGGUAAUGGUACUUAUAGGGCUCUUUUAGAUGAAACACGGUGUACACAUGUCCCUGCCCUACCAUGGUGCCUAGUUUGUUUUCUGUGAGUACGUCGGUACUUCACGUUUUUGACAAAUGUCCUCGACUUGUCUAAACAGGCCGAUACUUUUCGCUUCUGAAUAUUGCCAUUUCACCAGUGUCGAUAUCAACCAUUUCGCCUGAACAGCAGCUUAUGCUGUCGAACGGGACUGGUUGCACCCCGUAAAAUACCAAGCUGAUAUCAUUAUCUCACUAGUGGGUGCAUUGCCAAGUUUCUUCCCAUUGGUGGCGCAUAAAAACACAACUCACGCGUCUUCUUCCUUACUUUACCUUUAUCCUACUUUGCUUCCCUUCCGUUUUCCCGUGCAGAACUCCGAUGAUCGUUUGCCGGAACGCGUCUUCGCGGUUGAACCCAUCCUGUGGUGCGCCCACCUCCAGUCCGUAACAUCGGCUUCUGCUUGGCGUCCAGAGAUCACUAGCCCGUGCACUCGAUGUGAUAAUCGUGGUGAAAAUUGGGUGUGUUUGACCUGCUAUGAGGUGUGUUCACUUUCCUCUUAGACGAUUUAUUUUCGCUAGUUACUGUCUUGCGUAACCGGUCAGUGUCGUCGCUUGUCAUACAAAAUGAACCUCCAACUUCGUGUAUGUAAAACUAUUUGCUCCUCCACUGUGAAAGUCUACGUCUAGAGAGAUUUAAAAAACCAGGCUAGGCCCGUUGAUUAUAUUUCUAGUCACUCUCCCUCUUGUAAAGCCAAUAACACAGUCAGCGACCGAUCCCGUGAAAUGCUAACUUAAAUUCUUAAAAGCGUUUUCGAUUUGGAGGGAUUACUUAAGUUGGAUUGUAGUACUGAUUAUUCUGCUGUAUAAUCUCAUGACAUUUCAGAGACGCUAGGAUUUUGGCUUUUGAAUGCACUUCUUUUCGGCCGCCUGCAAAAACGGCAUUCGACAAAAAUGACUGCUUAGGCAGCUUGCAUCUUUUUUAUUGAUUUCCGAUGUCCUUAUAAAUUCAAGUAUAUUUAAUGGGAAACAUGCGCAAAAAUAUUUUGUUCUUAUACUUACUCGGUAGAAAGUCACGUUUUCUUUGAAUUUUAUGCUAAAAGGUGUGAUACCCUCGGAUCUUAAGAUAUAUCCAACUCCCGAAUAAUUUGGACCCCAAUAUGCCGUUACGUUUGCGUUUGGGGUUUUCAGUUUGCAAGCUGUACAAUUUCCGUGUAAGGAAACUCGUAUAUUCCGCUAUACCAUCUAGGAAAUAUGAUAUAGGGCUCAUAGAAUGGUGUAAUGGAUACAGACUGAGUUAUAUACUUCUCGAGGAACAUAAAUAAACGCACUGCCGCGAUGCUUUUUGGAUGGACAUUUCGCAGUCUUAAAAAAUCCCAUAAUUGGGAACUUUUUAAAGCCUCAGUAUACCCUUUGUGUGAGUAUAAAAUGUGAAGAGAAAGUGAUUUUUUCCCGAGCGAGUAUGACAAAGAAUAUUGUUAUGCAUAUUUUCUAUGAAACAUAUUUGAAUUUAUAAGGACAUUAGAAAUCGGUAACAAAGUGCAUGCUACCUAAUUUGUCACAUUUUACCGAGUGUGGUUUUUGCAGGCGACCGAAAGGAAGUGUACAGCGCGAUGUUGGUUCCAGUUUCAUUAAACAACGGUCUAGAUUACAGUUGACCCCCUUUAUGUCGAUACAAGCGAACAUUUCUAAAGACCUCUAAGACAUUACUACGAUAAGGGACAAAUUGUUCUUAAGGGGUGGCAAUAACUGUAUUUUGCCAGGAGUCCUUUCGUGGAUCAUUUUAACCUCUUUGGCGCAGUUGUUGCUGUCUGGUAGGAAAUCACUCCUGCUCGUAACGCUAGACUAACUGUAUUUACUGUUAUUCAAGGACAAAACCGCUCUUUCCGGUGUCUAGUCUCUGUAGGCUAACUUACGGUUUUUUGUUCAGUUCCUGUGAUCAUUUCAACAGGAUUAUGCAGUCUUUUGUAUUCAAGCUCGAGUUUAACUGUUCCAACGCUGUUUCAUAGUUAUUCCUAAAACUCGUGCUUUGACGAGCGUCGGCUGGUAUGAUGCCGACGGGCUCAUGGGGGAUGCGGCUGCGUAUUGGCCUUCUGAGGAUGUAAAUGAAAUCCGAUUGCUGUGAACCUCACUGCGGUUUACUCACUUGUCUGAGCGCUGAACCUUACAUUUGACAUCUAACAGUUCUAGCUGACUCCACUUCAACUGUGCACUUCCCCCUACUUAAUUGUAUUAAGUAGACGGGUACGUUUACGUAUUAGUGACGCGUUUGGUGAUAAUACAGAGCGGGGCAGGAUACACAGCACGUCACCGGUUUCCCUUUUAUUAAACAACGGUUGAGAUUACAGUUGGCCUUACAUAACCCCCGCUUAUGUCCGUACAAGCGAACCUCCCUAAAGAUCUCUAGUAGGAUAAAGGACAUAUUGACUUAUGGGUUGGUUAUAACUGUAUUCUGCUUUGUUCAAAUUAAGGCGUCGCACUACAGCUUUUACCUCUCGCCCUUUUGAAGGUCUACUGCGGCCGAUAUGCAAGAGGUCAUAUGUUGGAGCAUUUUUCUGCUACUCGUCAUCCAAUUGUUCUGAGCUUCGCUGACUUGUCAGCCUGGUGCUACAUCUGCAACAGUUAUGUGCACAAUGAGGUAUGUCUUUUUUCAAUAUCUUAUUUCACCUCCCCUCCCAUCCCAUCCCCAUUUUGGUCAUCAAUAGCCGUGCAGUAAGACAAAUACUUUAGAUCCUGACCGAAACUGCUUUCACUUAUAGUCAGUAUUAUCGCCCCUUCCAACUGAUAUGACUGGCUCUCGACUUUCUGUUGUCAUGCCAAACGGCAGUAUUGGCCGCCAUCUUCUCAUGUCUGGUGUUCAGCUAAUGAGAGUUGCCAAGGCCUUGUCCAAGUAAAGUUCGCCGACCUAGUCUGAUUACCGGAGGGAACACAAGGUGCCGUUUUAUCCGUGACAAACUUCGCUCCUAUUUGGACCUCAGAUAUUUUUGCUCUCACUGACGACGGCGAAUCAGCCAAAUUGGUCAUCCCACCCCCUUUUGCCAUUUUGCGCACCCAUUUUAAUUAUCGCCUUUUUCAAUUGCAGGUCCUACUGGAAGCAAAAAGAGCGGCGCACCUGGCCAAAUUUGGGGAAAGAAUGCCAACUUAG